AUGCUUGUCAGAAAAUUGUUAUUUUUUAUUUAAAAAUCAUUAAUUUGUAAAUAUUGAAAAUUAAAAUUCAGAAAUUGGAGGCGAGACGAUGGAUUAGAAGAGACCGUGUCUUUGAUCUGCUCAGCCAUCUCUCGAGUGCGCGUUGUUCUUCUUUACAUUCGUGGGGAAAAUCGAAAAUUUUCUUUCCGCUUUGCCCGGAUUCUCCUCAGAUCGUCUUCAGCUCACUUUUGAGCUAAAUCUAUUUGAUAGCAGCUACUCACUAUUUUUGCCUUGAGGUUUAUGCUGACCUGUGAUGGGUAUAUAUCUCAGUACUCCAAAAAUUGAGAAAUUUUCUGAAGAUGGUGAGAAUGAACGAGUUAGAUAUGGGGUAUCUUCUAUGCAAGGGUGGCGUUCAACAAUGGAAGAUGCACACGCUGCUUUUCCCGAUCUCAAUGGUUCGACAUCAUUCUUUGGCGUGUAUGAUGGACAUGGAGGAAAGGUAGUUGCGAAGUUCUGUGCUAAAUACCUGCACACUCAAGUACUUAAGAGUGAAGCCUCUUCUACUGGAGAUUUAGGCGCAUCUGUUCAGAAAGCUUUCUUGAGGAUGGAUGAGAUGAUGAGAGGCCAACGAGGAUGGAGAGAAUUAGCUGUACUCGGAGACAAGAUAAAUAAGUUUACUGGUAUGAUAGAAGGUUUGAUAUGGUCUCCAAAGGGCGGCGAUUCAAAUGGCCAUGAUGAUAACUGGGCUUUUGAAGAGGGUCCUCACUCAGAUUUCAGUGGGCCAACGUCUGGAAGCACUGCAUGUGUCGCUAUUAUAAGACAUAACCAGCUUGUUGUUGCAAAUGCUGGUGAUUCUCGCUGUGUUAUUUCAAGGAAGGGCCAGGCUUUCAAUUUAUCUAGGGAUCACAAGCCAGAACUCGAGGCUGAGAGAGAUAGGAUUUUAAAAGCAGGAGGGUUUAUUCAUGCAGGAAGAGUAAAUGGAAGUUUAAACCUAGCAAGAGCAAUUGGUGAUAUGGAGUUUAAGCAAAACAAGUUCUUACCUGCAGAAAAGCAAAUUGUAUCGGCCUAUCCUGAUGUUAAUAUUGUGGAGCUUAGCAAUGAUGACGAAUUUAUUGUUUUAGCUUGUGAUGGAAUCUGGGACUGCAUGACAAGUCAACAACUAGUGGAUUUUGUUCAAGAACAUAUUAACACUGAGAGCCGGCUGUCGGCCGUGUGUGAGAAAGUAUUUGACCGUUGUUUGGCUCCAUCAACAGCAGUAGGAGAAGGCUGCGAUAACAUGACCAUGAUCUUGGUUCAGUUGAAGAAACCCAUCCCUUCUAAUGCCGCAAAUACCGAACAAUCAUCCCAGCCUGGGCCUGACAUAGACGAAAAUUCUGUUGCUUGAUCAAACCUUCGCUGGAUUCCACUCUUUGGUUUUUAUCUCCUUUUUCCUGCAAUAUUUGUGCAAUAUAAACCCUAUUUCAUCAUAAAAAAGAAAAGUAAAGAGCUUUAUUGAAGCAAAGUUUACUUUGACUUUAUUUUUAUGCAACAGAUUUUUCCUUAGAAGGGGCACUUUGAAAAUAAAUGUACAUA